AUGAAAAAUAGCCAAGAUCAAGACAUUGGUCUAAAUUUAGUUUAUUUAAUAUAACAACAUAAUUUGGCAUAAGUUAGAAAGAAAGUAACUAUUGACCAAUUCCAUCUCUUAAGUGUGAUUGGUAAAGGAUCCAUAGGAAAAGUUGUACUUGUAAGAAAGAAGGACAAUUAAAAGAUAUAUGCUCUUAAAGUCAUCAAAAAAACCAAGUUGAUCGAAAAUCAUUCAGUGAAGCAAAUUUUUGCAGAAAGAAACAUUCUUUAAAAUUGCCAACAUCCAUUCAUCAUAAAAUUAGAAUAUGCCUUCUAAAAUGAAACUAAGUUAUACUUUUGCUUACAAUAUUGUCCAGGAGGAGAAUUAUACCAAUUAUUAGUUUAAAAAAAUAAGUUGACAGAAGAACAAGCUAAAUUCUAUGCAUCACAAAUCAUUCUAGCCUUCUAAUACCUGCAUGAAUAAGAUAUAAUCUAUAGAGAUUUAAAACCAGAGAACGUAUUGAUUGAUUAAGAAGGUUAUAUUAAGCUAACUGAUUUUGGAUUCUCCAAAUAAGGGAUUUAAGGUAACUUUGGAGCACAUUCCAAAUGCGGAACAGCAGAAUAUUUGGCUCCAGAAUUAUUAGCAGGUAACCACGGUAAAGCAGCUGAUUGGUGGACAUUUGGAACUUUGAUUUAUGAAAUGGUUAUUGGUUAGCCAGCAUUUUUUGGAGAAACCAAAGAAGAAUUAUUCAAUUAAAUACUUCAUCAUGAAAUAAAUUACAAAAAAAUUGGUGCUUCGUCUUAAUUUAAAGAUUUGUUAUCUAAAUUAUUGUAAAAAGAUCCAAACAAUAGAAUUAGUUCGGCAAAUGAGAUUAAAAAACAUCCUUGGUUUAAGAAUAUCGAUUGGGAUAUGAUUUUAAAAAGGCAAAUGCCUCCUGUAUUUAUACCUAUAUUAAACAGUGAUGAUGAUGUUUAAUACUUUGAUGAUUGUUUCCUCAAGGAACCUAUCAACUCUUAAACAAACUCAUUAUCCUUAGAAGAACAAAUGUAGAGUCCAUUUUAAGGGUUUUCGUAUUCUGCUUCUCCCUAACAAAAGAAAGAAGAAUAAUUGGAAUUUUGA